CAACCACCCAUUCUCUCCGAUAAAUAAAAUUUUAAUUUUUUGCGAUUGAACAAAAGUCAAUAGACCGAUUUCUCCAGAUAAAGAAAAUUGAAAUUAACGGGGAUCAGUGGCAAGUCGCGUGAAAGUGGUAAAAAUAAAACGCAUUUAUCCAUAAAACUCGUAAAAUACGAAAUGAUUGUUUGCCGAUCGUAACAAAUCACGGACCAUUAAAUUUCUAUUAAAACAAUCCAGUAGAUAAUCCCCGAAUGGUGCCUUCCACAAUUGCCUCAAUACUUCUCCGGAUGCCCUAGACGUUCAAUAGUGUUGCGCUUGCGCUUCUCCCCGCGAUUUCCACAGGAUUCUGUUCAAUGUGGCUGACAGACGUCCUCUCCACCGGGGAAUCUGUCAUUUUUUAAAUAUAAGAUGACGACAACAGAUUUGCCGGGAAUAAUGAUGAUGAACGACUCGAAUUGCGCUAUUUGCGCAAUGGGUCCACCUCCUAAUUUGAUUCUGUCCAUUCCACCUCCGCCCAUUCCCUCGUUUUUACAAUAUGGAUCGGAGGUCCAUUCGCAGACUGGCAUGCCCAUCUCUGGGACAGUCAAUGGGACCAUCUGUAAUCAUCACUGUGAUUGGAAAGUUGAUGGAGUACAGUAUGUCGAGAUGCCCCAUCAAGGUAAUAGCAAUGGAAAUUUGUUCGAUGACACGUGGCUACUGAUCCUCGUUCUCUCGUGCGUCGGAAUCAUUGUCGUCAGUGUUUUGUUAGUGAUUGUUCUGUUACGAUGCAAAUUCAAUACUAGUCAAAAAGGGGGCACAAUUUCGAUGCCGGCGGCAGCGAUAACUCAGCCAAAAAGCGCGCGCAUUCAAAAUGAAACCGUAUUGUAUCCGUGCACGGCGGACGGCAUGCAGGACAGCCGAAUAAUGUGGGCGACAUUGACACCUCGGGGAACGACACGACAUUACCUCGAGGAUCAUACGUACGAGACUGUGGGCAAUGGAAUGACCCCUAAACGUACUUAUCCAACGGCGCCAGUCGAAAAUAUUUACAUUGAACCGCCAGUUUCAUCACCAGUGAGAUCGACUCCAAAGGAGGAAAUCGCUUUCGAUAACACUGCAUUCGUCGAUUACGAAGAGCCAUUGUCCAUGAAGGCAGAAUAUUUUCAGUUGAAUGAUGUGCUAGAACCUAAUGAGUCAGAGCUUUACGGCUGUCAGAGAGAGACCUAUCGGCCCCGAGUGAGUUCUCCAACGAGGAUAGAACACCCAAACCUGCCACCCCUGAACCUCCACCCCCACAACCGCACGAUUCGCAAAAACUCGUCGAUCCAACAAAUCGGCGCUGACACAAUCCUCAGAAACAGUCUUGCCCUAGCCGCUUACACCCCCGACAUCUAAACCUUUUUUUUAUCGAAAUAAUAAUCGCAAUGUUUUUUUUACAACCGAAUGAAUGAAUGAAUGAAUGAAUGAAUCGAUACUAUGGAAACACGAGACAAAAACAUCGUUAGCUCAAAUCAAUCAUCCACGUGAGGAGGACACUCUCCCUUCCAAAUCAUGAUCACCAACGAAUUAUUCGACGCUAAUGAAUCACGAUAACUAGCAAACGAUAGAUUUGUCUAAUAGUAACUACAGCAUUCGUAAAUAUUAAUAAUUCACUGUUCAACGGUUAUGAGGAUGGAGUACAUGGAGAUAAGCUUUAUCAGAUGGCUGUUUAAACAAUUGUUUUUUUUUUAUAUUUCGACACGAUUAUUCAUUCUACUUCAACUAUGACCAUGAAUCAUGUUGCUAUGUAAUCGUUACUAUUACAACAAGUAUUAUUACGAAUAAAAAAAUUAAUUACCAAA